UUGAAACAUUGUUAGGUCAUGGCACUCCAUUACGGAUAUACUUGUUAAAUAAGAAAUAGAACUGGCUGUGAAUUAGAAACAUUUCUACAGAAAAGUCAUAGUAAAAGUUUAAAAGACAAUCUGAUUUUAUCAAACGUGUUUUUUACGUUCCUGGUAGUGUUCAAAAAGUUUUGUCGUAGUCAUAAUAUCUAUCAGCACUGUCGUUACGUAGUGUUUAUGAAAAAUGGUACUUACUGAAAGUAUUGUACUUCCUUCAAACGAAGAAUUAAAUAUUCAAGAAAUUAAUUUAACAUUUUCUGUAUUGCAAGCAGCUGCAUUUCACUUAGGAAAAUAUUGCGAGUCCAACAAUAAUGAGUUUAUGCUUUGUAAAUCAGAAGAGCCGGAUCCUCGUCGUUGUAUUGAUGAAGGAAAAUCAGUUACUGCUUGUGCUCUUGAAUUUUUUAAAAAAAUUAAAAAACAUUGCAAUGAAGAAUUUGAUCAAUAUUACACUUGUCUAGAAAAAUCAAGUGGAAAUUCAGCAUUUUCUCCUUGCCGCAAGACGCAGAGUGUAUUUGACCAAUGUGUACUAGAUAAUCUUGAGAUCGAAAGACCAGACUUUGGAUAUUUUUGUCAAGUUAAAAUACAUAAUACUCAGCGACCCAAACCGAAGUCUAGUAUUCCAGUGUUUCCUGAUGCUCCUGUUCCAAUAACAAUUGAAGAACCAUUGCCAACACCAAAAUAUAACUCUCGAAGAAUUUAUUUCUAGUAAAAUAUAAAACUAAAUUGUGAUUGAGUUAUAGUAUCAAAUUAGUAAAUAAUAAAUGGUUAAUAAGUGAGAA